AUGGGGUGCGGGCCCUCAUGCUCGGUGACGGCAUGGCACCCCGAGACCUCGGCGCACGACCACGCGGCUGGAGGUCACAGCCCGCGGGCAGUUCGCGUGUGGCCCAUACGUCCGGCGGCCCGGGUGGGCCCCGACGCCUCGGGCUACCGGUCGUCACAGGGCCUGGCCCAGGACAGCUGCUGCCGCGCUGACGACACGGCGGCCCGGCCGGACUCGGCGUACGAGGCCAGCUCCGUGGCCUUCGAGCUCCCCGAUGUACACUCGCUUCAUCCACUCCGAGUCACGAAAACCGCGCUAGAGGACGAACAAGCUAUUCGGAACCUGCCACUGACGGAGCUGUUCGUGGACAGUCACUUCCCGCCUGCCGAGUCGUCACUCUUCACGCAUCGCAGGCCUGUUCCUGGAAGGGUUACCUGGCUCAGACCACACGAGAUGGUCUCCGAACCGCAGCUGCUGGUGAAUGGAGUGAGCCGCAACGACAUCGUCCAGGGUGCCCUCGGCGACUGCUGGUUCUUGUCGUCGUGCGCCGCCGUGGCACAGCGGCCGGAUCUUAUGCAUAGGGUUGUACCUCAGGAGCAGCAGCUGUACGGCUCUGAAUACAAGGGUGCGGUGCGUUUCAACCUGUGGCGUUUCGGUCGCUGGGUGGUGGUGUACGUGGACGACCUGCUGCCCACCAGUGAGGACCGGCUCAUAUACUCGCGAUGCAGCGACCCACGAGAGUUCUGGGUCGCCCUUCUCGAGAAAGCCUACGCCAAGCUACACGGAAGCUACGAGGCCCUGGAAGGAGGUCAGGCCAUGGACGCCAUGGUUGACCUGACCAGUGGUCUGGCCGAGCGAUACGACUUGCAGGACGCUCCAGAGAACCUGUUCGGAUUUCUUCUCAAGGCGUCCGAGCAUGGUGCCUUCAUCACCUGCUCGCGAAAGGGUGACUGGUGGCUGGCCACAACGGCCGACCCCAAUGGCCUGGUGUCAGGCCACGCGUACACAGUGAGUGCCGUGCGUCGGGUGGCGCUAAGCAACGGCCAUGACGCCUGCCUGCUACGCGUGCGAAACCCCUGGGGGAAUGGCAUCGAAUGGACCGGCAGCUGGAGUGAUGCGGAUCCCCAGUGGUCGCUGGUGGACGCCGAGACGAAGAAGCAGAUGGAGUGGCGCCAGCACGGCGAUGGUGAGUUCUGGAUGAAGUACGAGGACUUCUGCCGUGAGUUCGAGGAAGUUUCUAUCUGCACCCUGGGACCUGACUUCGACGGCGAUGGCAUACCCGAAAAACCCGGAGAGGUGCGUGCAAUCCGUGGUGUGUGGGUCGACGGCGUCAACUCGGGUGGAUCAAGGAACAACUUAAGCUCAUUCAGCACUAAUCCGCAGUACCUGUUGUCCAUACGAUCCACACCAGGUGACCAUGGUAAUGCAGCAGUGGCCGAUGACAGCACGGCGAGCGUUGUGGUGGCAUUGAUGCAGGUGCACCCACCCCACAACGCAUUCAUCACGCGAAAUCGCCUGCGCAUGCAUCAGAUAGGAUUCGUUAUCUAUCAGGCGUUGGACCACUUCCGACGCCUCUCCCUGGAUCACUUUGCGCGCACACCGGACGUGGCCAACUCCGGAGCCUACAUCAACUACCGUGAAGUGUUCGGCCGCUUCGAGCUGCGACCGGGCCACUACGUCAUAAUACCGGCCACCUUCGACCCACACUGUCCCGGGGCCUUCAUGAUACGGGUGUACGCCAGCAACCCCUUCCAGCUGAGCCCGGUGAUGAAGAAGUCGUAUUUCAGCAAUUAG